CACACAGAGAGACAAUAAAAAGAGGGGUUGAAUUCAACACAUCUCAAUUUCACCUUCAGUUUGGUAGGUGAGAACGAGAAGGAAGGAACGCACAGAGAGAGAGAGAGACAAAGAGUUGCAGCGAGAGAUCGCAAACUCAAAAGCCAAAGCGAUCGGUUUCCGCCGAAAGAAAACCUAUGAGUUCAUAGUGCUUCAAUCGGGUUUUCUUCAUAUUUAAGUGAGUAUAUGUAUAUCUCCUUUGAUUUUUUCCUUAUCCCUCUUCCCUCUGUUGUUACAUGCAUAGCCAGUAUAGCUCUAGAAUCAACCGUACAUGGGGCAUAAGAAGCGAAACCCUGCUUCACGCUCCAGACCGUUUGUUACUGCUCCGGCGGUUCCCUCCGAUGCCGCCGCCGCCGCCGCCGCCGCCACCACCACCACCGACGGGUGUUUGGGUCCGGUUGAAAAUGACCGCUCGCUGAUUAUUAGUGCUCCCGAUGACUCCCGUCCUGAGCAGACUAAGAUCGAAGUCUCCUCUUCCCCCGAAUCAGAUGCUUCAUCCUACUCUGCAGUCAAGCUUGAAUGCGAGCGAUCCCUCAAUGCUCUCCGCCGUGGGAACCAUACUAAGGCCCUAAGACUGCUUAAAGAGUCGUGCCAACGCCAUGAGGGUUCUGCUCUUCUCCACCGUGUCCAGGGCACUGUCUGUGUUAAGGUGGCUUCCUUGAUUGAGGACCCCAAUGCCAAGCAGAGACACCUUAAGAAUGCAAUUGAGUCCGCUCGCCUUGCCGUUACACUCUCUCCCAACUCCAUUGAGUUCGCUCACUUCUACGCCAAUCUGCUCUACGAGGCUUCCAAUGACGGUAAGGGUUAUGAGGAGGUUAUACAGGAGUGUGAGCGUGCUCUCUCGAUUCAGAAUCCUGUUGAUCCCGCCAAGGAGAGCUUGCAAGAUGAGAGCCAGCAGAAGUUCCCCACCCCCGAGGCCCGGAUCACCAAUGCCCAGCAGGAGCUUCGCUCGCUCAUUCAGAAAGCUAACAUUGCUUCGAUUUCUACGUGGAUGAAGAAUCUGGGCAACGGGGCUGGCGAGGAGAAGUUCCGUAUCAUCCCAAUGAGGCGGCUUUCUGAAGACCCCAUGGAAGUCAGGCUGGUCCAGACUAGGCGGCCUAAUGAAAUCAAGAAGGCAACUAAGACACCUGAAGAACGGAGGAAGGAAAUUGAGGUACGUGUUGCCGCUGCGAGGCUGUUGCAGCAGAAAUCAGAUUCGCCCCAAUCACAGAAUGAGGACGACAGGGCCUCGGAAUCAUCUUCAGGGGCUCACCGAAUGGGAGAGCGUCGAAAAUAUGCUAACUUGCGGAAGAUUGCCUCAUCCGCGGACAGGAUGGAUCAAAUUCGAUCUUAUUGGAACUCCAUGAGUCUUGAUAAGAAACACAGUUUGCUAGAAGUGAGUGUUCGUGAUCUCAGGGCUCAUUUCGGUUCAACCAAGGAUGGUUUGGCAUCGGAGAUCCUUUCAGAAGCACUGUCUUUUGCUGAGGCCAAUAAGACAUGGAAAUUCUGGGUUUGCUGCCGUUGCAAUGAGAAAUUCAUUGACUGCGAAUCACACAUGCAACAUGUUGUACGGGAACACAUGGGAAACCUCUCUUCUAAAUUGCAGUCUAUCUUACCUCAAGAAGUUGACACUGAUUGGGUGGAGAUGCUUCUAAAUGGUUCAUGGAAACCGGUGGAUGCCUCUGCUGCAUUCAACAUUCUUGAAUAUCAGUCGAAAAUUGAUGGCUCUGAUAUUGCGAAUUGUACAGACAGGAAUAAGGAGGAAAGUUUGGCUGACACUUGGUGCUCAAAAGGUAAAUGGAAUUCUUAUCCUGACGAGGAGAAACCACAACCAUUGCAAGAAGACUCCAGUGCAGGAGAGAUUUGCAAUGGAAGUCCCGAAGUAUGUAAGAACCAUGAUGACAGUUCCAACUAUGAAUUAAGGGAAUUCAAUGGAAACCAAUGGUCUAAGGAAUGUUCUUUAUCCCAGAGUUGGCCAUUGUCGGAUGAUUCUGAACGUGCAAAACUCCUUGAGAGAAUAAAUGGCAUGUUCCAAUUGCUUCUUAGACAUAAGUAUCUUGCAGCUAGCCAUCUUAACAAGGUGAUACAGUACACUAUGGAGGAGCUUCAGGGUCUUGCUCCGGGUUCGCGGCUUUUGACCCAUGGUUUGGACCAAACACCUUUAUGUAUAUGCUUUCUGGGAGCCUCCCAGCUUAUAAAAAUCCUCAAAUUUUUGCAGGAUCUUUCUCAUUCUUGUGGUUUAGGCAGAUAUUCUGAGAAAACUAUGGAUGAUUCAUGCAGUGGCACCCUGGAGUAUGAAAUCAAAGAGAAAAUUGUUCUCACGGGUGAUUCUUCUUCUCUUCUUCUGGAUGAGCGCUUAUUGCAGGGUGGGCUUACUCCCAGCACAUAUCCUGAUGCUCCAGCAGAUGAUGGUGCUGCAGCAACUUCCCUUGUUGUUGGUGAUCGUGAAGAUGUGGGACUGCCUGACAAUGAAGCUUUAUUAUCUUGGAUAUUUACAGGUCCAUCGUGUGGAGAGCAAUUGGCUUCUUGGACACGCCUGAGAGAAGAGAAAACACAACAAGGCAUGGAAAUUCUCCAGUUGCUUGAGAAGGACUUCUAUCUCUUACAGAGUUUGUGUGAGAGAAAAUGUGAGCACUUGAGCUAUGAGGAAGCUUUACAGGCAGUUGAAAGUCUGUGUCUUGAAGAAGUUAAGAAAAGGGAGCAUGUCACAAAAUUUGUGCCUCAUAGUUAUGAAACCAUCCUGAGGAAGCGGCAAGAAGAGCUUGCGGAAAGGGACAAUGAUGUGAUGUUCAUAAGUAGUAGAUUCGAGUUGGAUGCUAUAUCAAAUAUUCUCAAGGAAGCACAAAGUCUUAAUGUUACUCCAUUCGGGUACGAGGAAACAUUGACAGGUGUGGCUUCUCGUUUGUGUGACUUGGAAGGUGGUGAAGAUGAUGAUUGGAGAAUGCAGGACUACAUGCACCAAGCUGACACUUGUAUUGAGAUGGCAAUUCAGAGACAGAAAGAACAGUUGUCUGUAGAGCUUAGUAAAAUUGAUGCAAGGAUCAUGAGGAAUGUCACUGGCAUGCAGCAGUUGGAGCUUAAGCUUGGGCCUUUCUCAGCAUUUGAUUACCGGGCAAUUAUGUUGCCUAUUGCGAAGUCAUUCAUGCGGUCACACUUGGAGGAUCUGGUGGAUAAAGAUGCUAGAGAGAAGUCUGAUGCUGCUAGAGAAGCAUUUUUAGCAGAACUUGCACUUGAUGCCAAGAACAACAACAGAGGAGGUGAUCACUCGAAACAGAUACAGGAGAAAUUGAAGGAUAAGAAAAAGAACAAGGAUUACAGAAAAGCUAAGGAUUCAAAGGCUACUGGUGGUAGUGAGCAGCUCCUCCUCCAUCAGGAAACUGCUGAACAGAUUUGCUCUCCUGUUGCAUCUGGUGAAAGUCAUCCAGAUUCUGAGAUUGCUGUUUCUGCAAAUAGUGAUGACUUGAGACAACAGGAGGAGGAAUUCAGACGCAAAAUUGAGCUUGAAGCUGAGGAGAGAAAGCUUGAAGAAACUUUGGAGUACCAAAGGAGAAUUGAGAAUGAGGCCAAACAAAAGCACCUGGCUGAGCAACAUAAGAAAGCUGGUGGGGCAAUUUUAGAGGAUGUGGCAGAAGAAUUGCCUUCUGUUAACUUGAAGCCCAAUACCGAUGAUAAGCUGGAUUUGUCAGGAGACAAGACGAGGGUGCAGAAAUAUGUUUCGGCAGUGCCUAUAAAUAAUGCGGAAGGGACUGUGGUGCCCAGCAAAUCCACUAUCAAUUCUGGCACCUCAAGGGUUAAGAGGAUAAGUAUGUACUCUCAUGGCCAAGUCAAGCAAGGUGUACCUAACCGAGGAAUUCCAGGAGAUGGUGGCUCUCCUUCUGAUCAACGGACAGGAGAACAAGGUAAACGGCAGAAUGGCUCUACCAAAAACACACGAGCCUUGUUGUCUGAGAAGGAAAACCAUGAAGUGGGAGUUUCUCCAACAGAAGUUUCCACCAAAAAGCACGUCAGGGCUCAGGAGAACCUUUGUGUUGGUAGCAUUGGUCCAUCUUCUGGUGACAAUGGAACAAAGACAUUACGACAACUACAUGCCGAAGAGGACGAUGAGGAAAGGUUCCAGGCUGACCUUAAGAAAGCUGUACGCCAGAGCCUUGACACAUUCCAAGCGCAUCAAAAUUUUCCCUUGGUUGCACGGCCAAAAAUCUCUCAAAAGAUAUCUCCAAAAGAAGAUGAUUGUGGGAAUUUGUCCAAUGAAGCCAUAAUCAGUGACAUGAAUGGUGCAGAUGUGUUUGGGACGGGGCUGAAAAAUGAAGUUGGUGAAUACAAUUGCUUUUUGAAUGUAAUCAUACAGUCUUUGUGGCAUUUAAGACGAUUCCGAGAUGAAUUCUUGAGGAGAUCAACAUCAGUUCAUGUUCAUGUUGGAGAUCCCUGUGUUGUCUGUGCGCUGUAUGAUAUUUUUACUGCCUUGAGCGUGGCAUCUUCAGAUAUGCGAAGGGAAGCUGUUGCCCCGACUUCUUUAAGGAUUGCUUUAAGCAACUUGUAUCCCGAUAGUAACUUCUUCCAAGAGGCACAAAUGAAUGAUGCUUCUGAAGUAUUGGCUGUAAUCUUUGACUGCCUUCAUCAGUCAUUUACUUCUAAUUCAGGAGUUUCUGAUUCGGAUUCAGAAGAAAGCAAUUGUUUGGGCUCGUGGGAUUGUACUAGCAGCGCUUGUAUAGCACAUACUCUCUUUGGAAUGGAUAUAUUUGAACGAAUGAAUUGCUACAGUUGCGGUGUGGAAUCCAGACAUCUAAAAUAUACCUCAUUUUUUCAUAAUAUUAAUGCCAGUGCGCUCCGAACAAUGAAGAUUAUGUCUUCAGAUAGCUCCUUUGAUGAGCUUUUGAAGCUUGUAGAGAUGCAUCACCAGUUAGCUUGUGACCCAGAGGUAGGAGGCUGUGGAGAACUCAACUACAUCCAUCAUAUUCUUUCAAGCGCUCCUCAUGUGUUCACAACAGUUCUGGGUUGGCAGAAUACUUGCGAGAGUGCAGAGGACAUAUCUGCAACAUUAGCAGCCCUUACCACUGAACUAGAUAUUGGCAUCUUAUAUCGUGGUUUGGAUCCAGGGAACAGACAUUGCCUGGUUUCAGUGGUUUGCUAUUAUGGGCAACAUUAUCACUGCUUUGCCUACAGUUAUGAGCAUGAAAGAUGGAUUAUGUAUGACGACAAAACUGUAAAGGUUAUUGGUGGCUGGGAUGAUGUUCUUACCAUGUGUGAAAGAGGGCACUUGCAACCUCAAGUUCUUUUCUAUGAAGCUGUAGAUUAGCUUUUUAUUUGGAGAUUCUGUCAGUAUACUCCCCGAAGGAUGAAGGUUGGUGCUUCAAGUCUAAGUUAGGCUUGGCAUUCAUGCUGUCUAUAAUGGCACAUACGAGUCAUAAUCGAUCCCGCAAUUCAGGAAGCUCUGGGAUUAGAAGUAAUUAUUUGUAAAGCAAUUGAAGUUUUGAAGAGGGCACACAAUUUUGUUAGGAUGACGUGCCCUGUUGAAGAAAUACUAUAUAAUUAAAGAGGUUUUGCUUCAAAAUGAGGAAAGCAGAUCAAAGAAUUGAGGAAAAUUCGACUUAAAUUCCCAUUGGAAAGCUGGGUUUGUGGACCUUGGAUUCUUCUGGUUUCUUGGUUUUUUUCCCAAUAAGGUUGGUUUGAUCAAGAAAUUACCAGUGACAAGUGUUGCAGUUCAAGGAUGCAAUGGAGGAGUUCAUGGAGCCAAUUUCUUAUUAGUUGCAAUGAUAAAAGUGAUUGUGCGAUAGUUGGAAGCAUACAGCAUAAUUUUUCAGAGAGAAGACCAGUUCUGAAGUGGUUAUUUUUGUGUUGCGAGUUAAAAAGAGGUCCUGUGCAUAGAAAACAUGACGGCCCCCUUGGGUUCCAGUGCCUGUAGCUUACAUUGAUUACAUGCGUCUAA